UCCCACCUAAAACAGACAGACCAGCUCCACUUGGGCCGCCGGAGAUGGAAGAAACCGAGCCGAUUGCGAGCAUUUCAGCGACUCAGACCUUCUGAAGCCCCCCCGGUACACAUCUCCAGGUGACAUCGGAAGUCAUGGCUCAUUGGUAGACUGAGUUGUGUUGGUGAAAAUAAACCCCGGGGUGAUUUUUGGAAGUGGUCACCGACAGACAGCGCCUUAACGGUAGUUUAGUUAGCUUGACUGAGUGAAGCCCCAGCGGAGAGACGGACACUGAUUUUUCGUUUGAGUUUUAAUAAGAAAAUUAAGACCACCACCGCUGUGUUCACGUCAUGUAAAUAUUAUAGUAUUAAAUACAGGAUUAUGCUUUUUGUGAGCCUUUUUUUCGGUCCCUAACAGUUCAGGUGCUCGGCUCCGACACGUCCGGUCUGGUCUGAAAAUUGUCACGAUCCAUGCUGAGGCUGUUUCCCCGGGCAGAGCUAGCUGCAAAGCGGAGCAAUAAUUCAAUUUUUUCGCCUGUCGGACUGAACAAGGUGUCGGUGGAUUUUGGACAUUAAACGUUUGAGGAAAUAGAAAGAUGUCAACAAAAACUCCUUUGCCCACGGUCAACGAGAAGGUGACGGAAAGUCACACUUCACACAGUAAUGGGCGUCAGGAGAUCAGCACGCGCUCAGCUCGGACUGGCGUCCGAUCCCGCAGCUCUGAGGAGCCGCACGUCGGCAACUACCGGCUGCUCAAAACCAUUGGGAAGGGCAACUUUGCCAAAGUGAAACUGGCCCGACACAUCCUUACUGGCAGAGAGGUGGCAAUUAAGAUAAUAGACAAGACGCAGCUGAACCCAAACAGCCUUCAGAAGCUCUUCAGAGAAGUUAGAAUAAUGAAGAUCUUAAAUCAUCCCAAUAUAGUUAAACUCUUUGAAGUGAUCGAGACGGAGAGGACACUUUACCUGGUGAUGGAGUACGCCAGCGGAGGAGAGGUCUUCGACUACCUGGUUGCACAUGGAAGAAUGAAGGAAAAAGAGGCCAGGGCUAAAUUUAGACAGAUUGUAUCGGCCGUGCAGUACUGCCACCAGAAGCACAUUGUUCACAGAGACCUCAAGGCGGAAAACCUUCUCCUUGAUGCCGACAUGAACAUUAAGAUUGCUGAUUUUGGCUUCAGCAACGAGUUUACUCUGGGCAAUAAACUGGACACGUUCUGCGGUUCUCCGCCGUACGCAGCGCCGGAGCUUUUCCAGGGGAAGAAGUACGACGGGCCGGAGGUGGACGUCUGGAGUCUGGGGGUCAUCUUGUACACGCUGGUCAGCGGCUCACUGCCAUUCGAUGGACAGAACCUCAAGGAGCUGCGGGAGCGGGUGCUCAGAGGGAAGUACCGCAUCCCUUUCUACAUGUCCACAGACUGCGAGAACCUCCUCAAACGCUUCCUGGUUCUCAACCCAGCCAAGCGUGGUACUCUCGAGGUGAGGGAGGACGCAGAAAAUCAAAUAAUGAAGGACCGAUGGAUCAAUGCAGGAUUUGAAGAGGACGAGCUCAAGCCUUAUGUUGAACCAGAGCUGGACAUCACGGAUCAGAAGAGAAUAGAUGUGAUGGUGGGGAUGGGCUACAACCUGGAUGAGAUCCAGGAGUCUCUGGCCAAGAUGAAGUACGACGAGAUCACAGCCACCUACCUGCUACUGGGCAGGAAGGCCUCGGAGUUGGAGCCUAAUGAAUCGGCCUCCAGCAGCAACCUCUCUCUGGCCAAACCCAGACCCAACAGCGAACUCAACGGUCAGUCGCCCUCCCACCUCAAAGUCCAGAGGAGCGUCUCGUCCAACCACAAACAGAGGCGCUACAGUGAACAAGUCGGACAGAAUGUUCCUCCAGGGAUGGCUCAUCCGAAGCGGAGUCAGACCACGACAGCGGAGAACAGCGUGAAGGAAGAGGGCGGCGUCCAGCUCCGCAAGCCCAGCACCCCGGGCAGCCGUGGAGCCCCGCCCACCAGCCCACUGCUGGGCAACGCCAACAACCCCAACAAGGCCGACAUCCCCGACCGCAGGAAAGGAGCCACCACCGGACCUAGCAAUAACACUGCAUCAGCAGGUAUGACCAGGAGGAACACGUAUGUGUGCAGCGACAGGAAUAACACGGAUCGUCUCUCAGUCAUUCCCAACGGGAAAGAAAACAGCAUGACUGAGAUGGCUUGUGCCACUAGCCCCUCCUCUUCUGCUGCGUUUGCGGCCGCUGCGUUCGGUGCCUCGUCCAGUUCGGUGCGGCUGAGGUAUCAAACUGUCGGCCCUUUGUACGCUUGCCAGGCAGGCUGGGCCACGCUGCCCCACUCCUACUACGCUCUGGACUACUGCUCGCCCAACAGCGUUGCCGUGUCACCCGGUGGUCAGAGGAACCCAGUGGCGUCCACUCACAGUAUCACCAACGCUACCACGCCCGACCGACUCCGCUUCCCGCGAGGCACCGCCAGCCGCAGCACCUUCCACGGAGGCCAGCUGAGAGACCGCCGCACGGCCACGUACAACGGGCCGCCGGCCUCGCCCACGCUCUCCCACGACGCCACGCCCCUGUCGCAGACACGCAGCCGCGGACCCAGCAACCUGUUCUCCAAACUCACCUCCAAACUCACCCGCAGAAACAUGUCAUUCAGGUUUACCAAAAGAGUCUCAACCGAGUUUGAGAGAAACGGGAGACUUGAGGGCUCAAGUCGCCAUGUACCUGGGGAUCAAAAAGGGGAAAAUAAAGACAGUAAACCCCGCUCCCUCAGAUUCACUUGGAGUAUGAGGACCACCAGCUCCAUGGAGCCCUGUGACAUCAUGCGGGAGAUUCGCAAGGUGCUCGACGCAAACAACUGCGACUACGAACAGCAAGAGAGUUUCCUGCUUCUUUGCGUCCACGGAGACGGGCGAGCCGAAAACCUGGUCCAAUGGGAGAUGGAGGUUUGCAAGCUGCCCCGCCUCUCACUCAACGGAGUCAGGUUCAAGAGGAUAUCCGGAUCAUCCAUCGCUUUCAAAAACAUUGCUUCCAAAGUUGCCAACGAAUUAAAGCUAUGAACAAAAGGGUUUAAAAGUCUACAUAUAUAUAUCUAGAAGUAUUUAAGCUGUACAAUCAUCCAAGUAGCAGUUUCCAAAUGUCUCCUUUUUUAAACAAAUACAGAGUAUGUAUUGAAUAUUAUAAUGUAUAGAUUAAGGCUUUUGGCAAUAAUCACUGAAUUACCUACUAAUAUCUCAGUCUCUUCUGGCCGAAUGGGUCGACAUAAACGAGUUGAAUAUGAUUUGUCAUGCUGUGAAUGUGGACAAAAAAAGCAUUUCUAGUCUUAUUUAUUUAAUCUUUUUUUUUUUUUCCUGGAAAAAGAAAAAAAUUACAUAGAUUUUUGUUUUCAGUGUAAAUAAUGUAUCUUAAUUUCAAGACGGCUUCACUGCAAUACUUUUUUUUUUUCUUUUUUUUUUUUUUUUGUAUUUCGUUAAAAAGUAGAGAUGAUGGGGAGUCCGUGUAAAUGGCCACAUGGUUAAGGGUCACUCAUGUCUCAAUUAAAGUGUCUGUCAACUUAAA